UUCCACGCCCCGAAUGGAGCGCAGCGAUCGAAAACCGUAAGCCGCGCAAACCACCGGCCACGGCCCGCACGGCCAAGGAACACGUCGUUCUCCUCCAGUCUCUCCCACCCUGCACCACGCGCCGGCGCCGCGCGCGCGCGCCUAUUUCUAGCUCGCCUCCUUCCGCCUCGCCGCCACGGAGUCCUCACCUCGACACACUCGAACACACCUCUGUUCCGGAAGCAGGGACAAGCAAAGCAAAGCUCUCACAAAGUCCCAAGCGAGCAGCACGGCGCAGCGGGGGCAUGCUGACGCUGCACCCGAGGGCGGUGGCGGGCGUCGCCGCGGAGGCGGCGGCGCCCGAGGACGGCCAUGACGAGGGCCGCGCCUGCUACUGCGUCGUGGCGGCCUGCGUCUCGCUGCUGCUCUUCGUCGUGCUGGCCGCUGCCACGGCCAGCGUCGCCAAGGCUUGCGCCGUAUCCGGCGCGGCCGUGCUCCUGCUCGGCCUCGCCGGCUGCCUCGCGCCCUCGUAGGACGGUGUUAAAGCGGCGGCGCGGCAGCAGGCUCCCGCUGCGCCCGUGCGGCUGGUGGUGCACCACCGCUGCGCCGCGUGCGGGCUGCCGGACGCCGCCAUCGGCGCGCUCCCGACGUUCGCAUACGAGCCGCCGCCGCCGCGGGCGCAGCAGCUCCGUGCUGCUCUGCGCGGUGUGCCUGGAGGACGUGCGGGCCGGCGAGGUGGUGCGCCAGCUCCUGGCGUGCCGCCACCUCUUCCACGGCGACUGCGUCGACGCCUGGCUGCGCGCGCACCGGACCUGCCCGCUCUGCCGCUGCGACCUCUCCCCGCCGAACGUCACCUCGAAGGCUGUCGCCCCUGCCCCGGCCGCCGCCGCCGCCGCCGCCGUCACGGUGGGGUCCUCGCCCGACGGCCUGCCGCCGGUGUGAGGACUCGAUCGUCACCAGUUCACCGGAAUCUGGGCGGCGCAUUCGUGAUUCCUACUGUACAUUCAUGAUCUCAAACACAGCAUAAAACAGACUUUUAGGUUGAUGGUAUAGUGUUCACUGUCGCUGAUGUGUAAUUCUUCAUUGCGACACAUGACCAAGCAAAGAUUUGAUUUCGAAAGCGCAGAAGAUAGCCAGCCAGCCGUGCGUCGCCGGACACGACCGCGAGAAAUCGAGUGGCUGGCUCCAAACCUCUCGCCUGACGCUUCUUCCAGUUGCGAAAGAUAAGGAGCAUCUAGCCGAUGGAGACCGGUACCGGAUAGUACGGAGCGUGGAGCUCGACGUGCUUGAAAUCGGCCGCUACCAGACAACCCGGUCACUCACGUCAGUUGCAGCUUAACUGAUGUUAGUGUGGAGCAUACACCACGGGAGUGUGGGAAUGUUGUCGCACAGGCCAAUUACAGUUUGGAGUGUAUGGAACAAGAAGAAACGUCCGUGUUUCCCAGGCAACUGAAGCUUUUGGGCCGUUGGGAUUAGGUUUAGGUGAGAUGAAGACAUCAUUUCAUUGUUGGCUUAUAUGUGUUGUUGAUCGCUCAGAGACUCGAUCCUGGAUUGAUUGGAACUGGGGAGGUUUGGACCCAUCUUUUUCUUUCUUUCUUUCCUUUGCUUCACUUGGUUUCAGGGCA